GCCAAAUCUAAGAAGAAGAGUUACAAGCGUUGUUAACUUAAGAGAUUCUGUAUAAAUAGUUUGAAUUAGUUCUGUGACUACAACAUUCUAGUUUCAGAGUUACUACUGUAAACAUUCAAAAUACAGUGUAAAGUCGUUGGAUUAGAUUGAUCAGUUAAUUUAAUACAAAAAACGAAAAUGAAAUUUUUCUUGAUUGCUUUCGCUGUGAUCGCAGCUGUAGCUGCUGAUGUCAGCCAUUUGCCCUCAAACGAAUACUUGCCCCCCGUGCAAGAAUCCGCUGCCGUUGCUGCUCCCACCAAUGAGUACUUGCCUCCAGUCGCUGCUGCCCCUGUUGAAGCUGCUCCCGCCCAUGAAUUGGCUGAUGAUGGUUACCGUUACAAGACCCACCGUCGUGUUGUCUACCGUCGCAACCGUCGUGAUGUCAGCCACUUGCCUUCCAACGAAUACUUGCCCCCUGUACAAGAAGCUGCUCCCGUAGCUGCUCCCACCAACGAAUACUUGCCCCCUGUUGAGCAAGUUGAAGCUGCUCCCGCCCACGAAUUGGCUGAUGAUGGUUACCGUUACAAGACCCACCGUCGUGUUGUAUACCGUCGCAACCGUCGUGAUGUCAGCCACUUGCCUUCCAACGAAUACUUGCCCCCUGUACAAGAAGCCGCUCCCGUUGAAGUUGCUCCCGUCCAAGAAGUUUCCAACGCUGUAGUUGAAGAAGCUGCCCCCGCUCACGAAUUGGCCGAUGAUGGUUACCGUUACAAGACCCACCGUCGUGUUGUAUACCGUCGCAACCGUCGUGAUGUCAGCCACUUGCCCUCCAACGAAUACUUGCCCCCUGUAGAAGAAUCUGCUCCCGUUGAAGUUGCUCCCGUUGAAGUUGCCCCUGUUGAAGAAGCUGCCCCCGCCCACGAAUUGGCCGCUGAUGGUUACCGUUACAAGACCCACCGUCGUGUUGUAUACCGUCGCAACCGUCGUGAUGUCAGCCACUUGCCCUCCAACGAAUACUUGCCCCCUGUAGAAGAAGCUGCUCCCGUUAGUGCCCCCGUCCAAGAAGUCGCUGUUGUUGAAGAAGCUGCUCCCGCCCACGAAUUGGCUGCUGAUGGUUACCGUUACAAGACCCACCGUCGUGUUGUCUACCGUCGCAACCGUCGUGAUGUCAGCCACUUGCCCUCCAACGAAUACUUGCCCCCUGUAGAAGAAUCUGCUCCCGUUGAAGUUGCUCCCGUUGAAGUUGCCCCUGUUGAAGAAGCUGCCCCCGCCCACGAAUUGGCCGCUGAUGGUUACCGUUACAAGACCCACCGUCGUGUUGUCUACCGUCGCAACCGUCGUGAUGUCAGCCACUUGCCCUCCAACGAAUACUUGCCCCCUGUACAAGAAUCUGCCCCCGUUGUAGAUGCUCCCGUCCAAGAAGUCGCUGUUGUUGAAGAAGCUGCCCCCGCCCACGAAUUGGCCGAUGAUGGUUACCGUUACAAGACCCACCGUCGUGUUGUCUACCGUCGCAACCGUCGUGAUGUGAGCCACUUGCCUUCCAACGAAUACUUGCCCCCUGUACAAGAAGCCGCUCCCGUUGAAGUUGCUCCCGUCCAAGAAGUUUCCAACGCUGUAGUUGAAGAAGCUGCCCCCGCUCACGAAUUGGCCGAUGAUGGUUACCGUUACAAGACCCACCGUCGUGUUGUCUACCGUCGCAACCGUCGUGAUGUCAGCCACUUGCCCUCCAACGAAUACUUGCCCCCUGUACAACAAGAAGCCGCUCCCGUAGCUGCCCCCACCAACGAAUACUUGCCCCCUGUUCAACAAGACGAAGCCGCUCCCGCCCACGAAUUGGCCGCUGAUGGUUACCGUUACAAGACCCACCGUCGCGUCGUCUUCCGUCGUCAUUCGGAAGAAAGUAUCAUUUUCUAUUGGAUUCUACAUCUAGAAGGAAAUAAGCACUUCAAAAUGAAAUUCUUCAUCGUUUUGUGCGCAUUUGUUGCCGCCGCAACUGCUGAUGUCAGCCACUUGUCCAACACCUACUUGCCUCCUACUCAACAUGCUGCUUCAGCUCCCGCUGUUAGCUACAGUGCUGCUCCUUCUACUUCUUCUUAUCAUGUUGAGGCUGCUUCCGCUCCAGCUGUUUCAUACUCUGCUCCUGCUCCAGCUGUAUCCUACUCAGCUCCUGCUAAACAAACUUUCCGUGCUGCUGCUUCUGCUCCAGCUGUAUCUUACUCUGCUCCUGCUCAAUCCUUCCAAUCUGCUCAAACCUUCCAAUCUGCUCCAGCUCAAUCCUUCCAAUCUGCUGCUGCUUCCGCCCCAGCUGUAUCUUACUCUGCUCCUGCUCCAGCUCCAGUUGCUUCUUACUCUGCUCCUGCUCCAGCUGUCUCCUACUCUGCCCCAGCUCCUGCUGCUUCCGCCCCAGCUGUAUCUUACUCUGCUCCCGCUCCUGUUGCCUCUUACUCGGCUCCUACUACAUCUUUCGAAUCUUCCUCUUAUGAAACUGCUGCCUCUGAACCAGCUCACACUUUCUCCGCCUCUGAAGGUUACCGCUACAAGACUGUCAAACGCCGUGUCGUUCGUCGUCGCCGUGAUGUCAGCCACUUGUCCAGCGAAUACUUGCCUCCUCACCAAGGUGCUGCUUCUGCUCCUUCCGGUGAAUACUUGCCUCCUGUAGCUGCCUCCGCUCCUGCUGCUCACUACGAAUCUGCUCCUUCCUUCUCCGCCUCAUACUCUGCCCCAGUAGCUUCAUACUCCGCCCCAGCUGCCUCUUACUCUGCUCCAGCUGCCUCAUACUCUGCCCCAGUUGCCUCAUACUCCGCCCCAGCUGCCUCAUACUCCGCCCCUGCUGCUUCUUACAGCUCUUACGAAACUGCUGCUUCAGCCCCAGCUCACUCCUUCUCUUCUGCUGAAGGUUACCGUUACAAGACCGCCAAACGUCGCGUCAUCCGUCGUCGUCGUUUCUAAGUCACUCGUACCUAAAUUUAUAACAUAUAUAUUUAGAUUCUAAGAAUCUAAAUGGAACAGAUAUUGUAUGCUAAAAUUGUAUGACAAUUUUCUAAUGUAAUGCAAUUUAUUUCUUUUUAAAUAAAUUUUACAAACGAUCCAAAUAAAA